AUGGAGUCAAAAGCAAUAGAAAAAUGCAAGCUAAAAGGGUAUUUUCUCCCUUACUUAGCACCCAGCCAUUACAUACCACUAUUUCAGUUCGCAAAGCUGUUUGCAUCUCGAGGGGUGCACGUAACAUUUGUUUCCACCCCUCGAAAUUCACUCUCAUUUCGCGAUUCACUCGAAUUGCUCAACAAUUUAGGCCUCCAUAUUGAAAUCGAUUACGUCGAUUUCCCUAGCAAGGAAGUUGGGUUACCCGAAGACAUCGAGAAUUUAAGUGAUGCGACUAGCUUGGAAAUGGCGGGUAAAAUUUAUAAAGCUGCGUUUUUGCUUCAAGCUCCUAUUGAAGCUAAGGUUCGAGCUGCUAAGCCCGACUUUAUUUUUGCUGAUAUGCAUUGUUUUUGGGCUACUGAUCUUGCUGCUGAACUUGGUAUUCCUCGUUUGAUUUACCAUGCUCGUGCUUAUUUUGCUCUCUGUGCUGUUGAAGCUAUUGAUAGCAUCGAGAAAUUUACCGGGGAAAAUAGCUUCGGGCUAUGGCAAAUAAAGAUGAAGGGUCUGUUGAAACAGCAGCAAAUCUGGCGUCCGUUGGCUUCAAAGAUUUUUACUGCGGGGUCGGAAGACGGGUUAACUGACGGGUAA